AAGGCGGCCAUCAUCAACAUGUCCAGCUCUGCAGGCUCCAUUGAGGAAGUCUAUUUAUGGAAUUAUGGGCAAGUUGUUUCAUACCGCUGCAGCAAGGCUGCUCUGAACAUGCUGACCAAGUGCCAGUCCCUGGGGUACCGGGAGCACGGAGUCCUCUGCGCUGCUCUGCACCCUGGCUGGGUGCAAACUGACAUGGGGGGCUCAGGAUCACAAAAGCCCCCUUUGACGGUAGACGCCAGUGUGCAAGGGAUGCUGAAGGUGCUCUCCUCCCUCUCCGACAACGAUACCGGCACCUUUCUGAACUGGGAAGGGAAGGUCAUACCCUGGUGA